GUUUUUUCUUGAGUGCUGCAGGCUGUUCCUUGUUCUUCCCGUUUCCUCCCACUAUAUUAUUAAUACCCAAAAUUAAGUUUAAAUUCCCCCCCCCCCACCAUUUUCCUCUCUCUCUCACACACUCACGCAGUAAUUUCAUUAGAUUCGCGGAAUAAAUUAAAAAAGAGGAAAUUAUACAUACGCAUAUUUAUAUAGAGGAGUGUGUGGAUCUAGAUCUUAGUGGAAGAGACUGAAUUAGACAGAGAAAGAGGAGAAAGAGGAGAAGAGAGAGAGAGAGAGAUAGAGAGAGAUGGAGGUCGCAAGGCCUCAGCUAAUUCACCGAUGGAUCUCGGUUUCGGUCGUUCUCAUCGGUCUGUUCUUCGCCACCGCUCAUUGUUUUUACCUCCCCGGUGUUGCUCCGCAAGAUUUCAUCAAGGGAGAUGAGUUGAAAGUCAAAGUGAACAAGUUGACAUCCACAAAGACACAACUUCCUUAUUCUUUCUAUUCCAUUCCAUAUUGUGCUCCAAAAACCAUUGUGGACAGUGCAGAGAAUCUUGGAGAAGUACUUCGUGGUGAUCGUAUUGAAAACUCCCCUUAUGUGUUCCGUAUGCGGGAGCCACAAAUGUGCAAUAUUGUAUGUCGUAUUGUACUUAAUGCAAAAACUGCAAAAGAAUUCAAGGAGAAGAUUGAUGAUGAGUAUCGGGUGAACAUGAUAUUAGAUAAUCUACCUCUUGUUCAGCCCAUAAAGAGGACCGAACAAGACCCUAUAGUCUAUCAACAUGGUUUUUAUGUUGGUCUUAAAGGAUUAUAUGCUGGAAGCAAAGAGGAAAAGCAAUUUAUCAACAACCAUUUAUCAUUCACAGUAAAGUAUCACAAGGAUGCACAAAGUGAUGCUGCAAGGAUUGUAGGAUUUGAAGUUAGACCUUUUAGUGUGAAACAUGACUAUGAUGGUGGAUGGAACGAUAAUGUUCGAUUAUCAACUUGUGAUCCCCAUGCAAAACGUACUGUAACUAGUGCAGACCCUCCUCAAGAGGUUGAUGAUAAGAAGGAAAUCAUUUUCACAUAUGAUGUCGAGUUUCAGGAGAGUGAUGUUAAGUGGGCAUCUAGGUGGGAUACUUAUCUUCUGAUGGCUGAUGAUCAAAUUCAUUGGUUCUCUAUAGUUAAUUCUUUGAUGAUUGUUCUUUUCCUAUCUGGCAUGGUUGCCAUGAUUAUGUUGCGGACACUGUACCGUGACAUUUCAAAGUACAACCAAUUGGAGACCCAGGAAGAAGCUCAGGAAGAGACUGGGUGGAAGCUGGUUCAUGGGGAUGUUUUCAGACCUCCCACGAACUCGGAUAUGCUUUGCGUUUAUGUGGGGACAGGUGUUCAGUUCUUUGGAAUGACAUUAGUUACCAUGAUUUUUGCCUUACUUGGGUUCCUCUCCCCUUCAAACCGGGGUGGCUUGAUGACAGCUAUGCUUCUUCUCUGGGUCUUCAUGGGCAUCUUUGCUGGAUAUGCAUCUACCCGUCUUUACAAGAUGUUCAAAGGGACAGAGUGGAAGAGAGUUGCUCUUCGUACCUCAUUCAUGUUCCCUGGAAUUGUCUUCGUCAUUUUCUUUGUGUUGAAUGCUUUAAUUUGGGGCGAGAAGUCCUCUGGGGCGGUGCCGUUUGGAACCAUGUUUGCUUUAGUAGUAUUGUGGUUUGGCAUCUCAGUCCCACUCGUCUUUGUGGGUAGUUAUGUAGGGUUUAAGAAACCAGCUAUUGAGGAUCCAGUGAAGACAAACAAGAUCCCAAGGCAAAUUCCGGAGCAGGCUUGGUACAUGAACCCGGUCUUCUCCGUCUUGAUUGGAGGCAUACUUCCAUUUGGUGCCGUAUUCAUUGAGCUUUUUUUCAUCCUCACCUCAAUCUGGUUGCAUCAAUUUUACUACAUUUUUGGCUUUCUCUUCCUCGUAUUCGUCAUUCUAAUUGUCACCUGUGCUGAGAUCACAAUCGUGCUCUGCUAUUUCCAGCUGUGUAGUGAGGAUUAUCUAUGGUGGUGGAGAUCGUACCUGACUUCAGGGUCAUCAGCUCUCUAUCUAUUCCUAUAUGCAGCAUUCUACUUCUUCACAAAGCUGGAAAUCACGAAGCCAGUGUCCGGUAUAUUGUACUUUGGGUACAUGCUGAUUGCCUCGUAUGCCUUCUUCGUACUGACUGGUACAAUUGGCUUCUAUGCCUGUUUCUGGUUCACAAGGCUCAUCUACUCAUCUGUGAAGAUCGACUAAGAAAGAAAGAUCAGGAAUGUCUAGGAAAAUGGUUUAUACUUCAUUAAAAGACUGAAUCAUCAGGCUGGUUUUGAACUGUAAGCUAGCAAAUGCUACCACGAUUACUUUUUGGUUUGAGUUUCAAAUCAUUAAUUAUAGAAUGUUGCUGUGACCUCAAUACCGGUCAUUUUGGGUUUGACCAUCCUUUUUGCUCGUCUGAUUUUAGUUUUCUUUUCUAUUGGUGCAAGAAAAGUUUCUAGAGAAAUUUCCGGCGAGAUACUGCCUAUUUCGAUAAAUUGACUUAUUUGUUGUA